UGUUUCUAUAAUCUUGUAGCUGUAAUUUGCUAAUUGGACCACAUACUUACAUGAUAUUUACAAAGUUACUGAACUUCUUGUAAAGGUUAUCCGACAUAGUAAAACAAUAAAACAUGGAUAAGGACUUGGAAAUUAUUUCAAAUUUCGAGUCGGUGUUAAAAAAACAGCGAACAAGACAGCUCCUCGGCCUAUAUAGAGACGAUAAGUCUACAAAUCCAGGAAAUUCAAAGCUAAAUAAAUCGCGUAUUUUGUCUAAUCUUUCGAAGCAAAUUCGCGCUAUACAGAACGCAGAUUGUGUGAACGAUGAUAGGAAAACGUCAGGGUCUAACAGUAAGUGUAAAAAACCUACGUUUAUGCCUGUGAACACGAUGCCAGGGAGUGAUGAGGUACUCCACCAAAAACCGUUACCAAAAUUUGAAACACAGGGUUUAUCAGACACACAAUUGCUGAAUAUCAUCCAUGAUGUUGAAGCUAUGGACCCUGGAGGCAUUACUCAGGAGUUUGACUUAACAUUUCAGCAUCAGAGUAUUGGAAAUGAUGAAGAUGAAACAAUCACCAAAAGCAUAGUCACGUCACCCUUUCCAAUCAUAGACAUAUCGUUAAAAGAUCCAGAUCUGAACAAAAAACAUGACUUAAAAAAUACAGACACCAAUCAUCCUAUUAUAGAAAAUACACAUUUUUUGAAAGAAUACCACAACAGUCUUGAUGCUAAAACUAGAAAUCUAAUUUCGGGAACUGAUAUUGUUGUCCACGAAGAUGAACAAAUAAUGAACGACAUAACUCCUAAAAACAAUCCGCAUAUUCACAAUAAUAGUUUGCCUAUCAAAAAACAGGAACUUAAAAAUGAGAUAACAAGUAAAAUUGAAUGCCUAAAUGAUGACUUUGAAAUGAAUACAAUAGAUAAUCAGAUGGAAAACUACACACAAAUUUUUAAUGAAUGCAUUGAAAUAGAAAACAAUGAUCAAUUAGAUAUAUUAAUAGAAGAUACUGACAUUCCUUUAAGUCCUAUCCUUGAUGGAAAGCCUAAACUGCCUAAAUUGUUUUCACCCUUAGUGUUUAAUCUUGAUACUUUUGAAAAUUUCGAGCAAAUAGCGGUCCCUGCUAUUGAAGAAAGUCCAAAUCUCGAAACAGCAAAACAAAUAAUCAAUUCGCAAAUAAUUGGUAAGGAACUACUCAUACAUACAACUAGAAAGCCUUUACUAAAUCCAAUUGAUUUAGAUAUACUCGCAACUAAAAAGGAUGAUAGAGUAAGUCCAAUUAUACCUUUAGACCAAUGUAAAAUGAAAGUUGAAAAACUUGAUGAACUGUUGGAAAUUCCUAUAGAAAGAAGUGAUGCGAAAAUAAAUUUCUUUGAAGAUGAAAUAUUAUUUAGCAGUGAUGAGGAGGUAGAUUCUGACUUAAAGACUGAAAAUCUGCCUUUCACAUGUGUUUUGGAAACGUCAUUUUAUGAGAAAGUUGGUGUUGUAGAUAAAACUAUGUAUGUUGGUUUUCAUACUGCGAGUAAUAAGUCCAUAACGAUUUCUACCGAUUCGUUUUCUAAAGCUAUAGAUAUUUUAGAUUUUACUAAAGAUGAAAAGCCUUUAAAGGAAUUAGUAAAGUUAUGUGAAAGUAAUGUUAAAAAUGAAGGUACAAAUAGUGAAGAGGAGGAAACUGUGAUACAAAAUCUGAAAAACAAAAUAGAGAUAGAUACCGGUGUAAAUAUUUUUGAAGAUGUACAAGCACUUUUGACAAAUUCGGAACUAAAAAUGGAUGUAGAUUCAGAAGACGCUAUUGGUUUUGUACAAAGUCAAAUCUUACCAUGUUCUAAACAGAAUAAUAAAACUAAGAAAUAUAAUGAAAAACUAAAAACUGAAAAGAACAUUGUAAAUCUUAUUACAACUGAUAAUUCUUGUGAUUUGAGAAUAGCGGAUGUAAAAGCUGUUGAAGUAUUUAGAGAACUGGCUAAGACGAUAUCAGGUUGUGAUUUUAAUAAGUUCAAUGUUAGCGAAAAUGUAGAAAAUAUACCUGAAUUGUAUUUGAAGCCAAGGUGUCAAUAUAAAGAGACAAAUACAGUGAAGGAUCCGAAAGAAGGGGGACAAAUAUUUAGAGAAUUUGAAACAGCUUGUAAUGAGAGGUUAAGUUUAUCAGAAAAAACCACACAAAAAUGUAAAAAAGUAUUUCAAGAUAUUUGUCUAAAAGACACAACCAUGAAAUGUUCCUUGGAUGCAAAUUCUGUUAAAAUAUCCGAAAACACAGAAAAUAACAUAAGGAACACUCUUGGCCAACAUGUUGACUACAUCACGAAAGAUACAUUCAUUGAAGACAAAAAUGAAUUGGAAUGUUGUUUACAAUCUGAAAUAAAAACUAAUUUGUAUGAAAAGAAAGAAAAAAACACCAAAAUAAACAGGCACAAAGACAGUGUAAAUAAAUCAUCUUUCGAGGUAGACUAUAAACACAUAAUUAAAAUAUUCAACGAUUACAGGAAACUUACGUAUACAACUGAAAUUAAUAAAAGAUCUAAUGACGUGUCAUCUGUGAUUUCACCAAAUAACAGUACUGACAUACAAUUGGGUGGAUUUAAAACAGCUAGUAAUAAGAGUAUUAAAAUAUCAGAUAUUGCAGUUGAAAAAAGUAAAGUCAUAUUUCAAGACUUGAUAAAUAAAUCCAGUUUCAUUGUUCAAGAUGAUCCAUCCAAUGUUAACAAAAUAAUGAAGAGAGGCGAAGGAAAGGAAAAAUCUUUGCAUGCUAAUUCAUUAUAUAAUAAUGAGGAAGCUACAGAAUCUCACAAAGAAAACAAAGAUAUAAACGAGCAUUCUAUUAAUAAAGAAAUUCAAACUAAAGACUUGCCUUAUACUGAUUUUGAAAGUGCUAACAAUAAUGAAAUUUUAGUAAAUAACGUUACUUUAUUAAAAACAAGCGAAAUCAGUGACUUUGAUAAUGCAGAUUUCAUCAUACCUCUAAAUAAUAUUAAGAAUUUUGAACCAUGUCCUGAUGCGGAAACUAAUAAUACUGGAAACAACGGUACAGAUUUCUACAAAACUGAAAGUGACGAAGAGGCACCUUUUUAUGGCUUUGAACAUGAAAAUAACGAAGAAGUUAGAGAAUUUGAAGAAGCUAUGUUAAAUUGUGGAGUGAUUGAACCAUUUGAAAAAUAUCCGCAAAAAAUCAAAGCUAAUAAAAUAGACAAAAAAUACACGAUCAACGAUAUUUAUAUAUUGAAACCAAACUUUCAAUGUUUUAAAACUGCAAGCAAUAAAGAUAUUGAAAUUUCAACCGAACCACUGAUUAAAAUGAAAGAGGUCUUACAAAAUAUAGAUAAUCCAGGCCAAAAAAAUGAAAAUAUGUCAAAUACUAAAUUUGAAAGUUUUCACACAGCUAGUAAUAAACCUGUUAACAUACCAGUUAAAGCCCUGGCUAAGAGUAAAAAAGUUUUCGAAGACAUAUUUACUGAUAAUGAAAACAACCAAGAAAAUACCAAUGAAAAUAUGCCUUCAACUUCAUUCCAAGGCUUUCAAACCGCUAGUAAUAAACCAGUUAAAAUAUCAGUUGAAGCUUUAGCUCAGAGUAAGAAAAUUUUCGAAGACGUAGAAGCUGAUCUCGAGAACAACCAAGAAUAUUCCAAUGAAAAUAUGCCAACUAUGUUCCAGGGCUUUGAAACUGCUAGUAACAAAUUAGUAACCAUUUCUGCAAAGGCUUUAGCUAAAAGUAAAAGGAUAUUUCAAGAUAUAAAUAUUGCUGACGAUUUCAAAGUUCCACAAGGCCCAAAGAUAAUGCCUUCGGCCUCUGCCUUUGUAGGUUUUCAAACUGCAAGUAAUAAAUCAGUUAAAAUAUCAGCUGAAGCUUUAGCUAGAACUAAGAAAAUAUUUCAAGAUAUAAAUAUUGCUGACGAUUUCAAAGUUCCACAAGGCCCAAAGAUAAUGCCUUCGGCCUCUGACUUUGUAGGUUUUCAAACUGCAAGUAAUAAAUCAGUUAAAAUAUCAGCUGAAGCUUUAGCUAGAACUAAGAAAAUAUUUCAAGAUAUUAAUGUUAUAGAUAUGGAAAGUCCAUGUGAAAAUGUGUCAUCAUCUUCUAAAUUUCAUGGUUUUCGUACGGCCAGUAAUAAAAAAGUACCGAUAUCAGUGGAAGCAUUGGCUAAAAGUAGAAAAGUGCUUCAAGAUAUUUAUACUAAACCAACGGUUACAGAAAACAAUGCUAUUAGUUUAAAAAGAUGCAAAACAACUGGCAACCAUGACUUUAAAAAUUGUAAAAGUGAAAAGAUUUUCAAAGAUAUGGAUGAAACGAAUACAGAAGAUAAGGCAGAGGCUUCUGGUUAUCAAGGAUUCAAAACAGCCAGCAACAAAGAAGUAAAAAUAUCGAAGGAUGCUUUAAUUAGAAGUAAAAGGAUCUUGCAAAAUAUAGUUAGUUCUCAAAACGAAGAAGUCAUAGAGGAGAUAUCUUCAUUAAAAGGUUUUCAAACUGCGAGUAACAAGGAUGUAAAAAUUUCUGAAGAGGCUUUGGCAAGGAGUAAGAGAAUGUUUGAAGAUAUUGUCGAUAACAAUGAUUUUGUUGAAAAAGGUAACAAGCAAGUGAAAAUUUCCGAUAAGGAAUUAUUGAAACAUAACAAAAUAUUUCAGGAUAUUGAAUUAGAUGCAGGACAUAUUUCUGAUUUCCAAGGAUUUCAAACUGCAAAAAAUGUACAAAAAACUAAAGAACUCAAAGAUGAGGAUGUCAUUGAAAGCAUAAUUGAUACGCAAGUGAUAAAUCAUUUCGAAAAAAGUUUACAUACGGAGGAUUUUUUCAAAGAAUCAACGCCAAAGGCGUCUAAGCGAUCUGGAAGCCCUAUAUUAUCUUGUCCGAAAGCUAAAAGACGCAAGAAAUUUCAAAUUCCGUACAGUCAAAAAGUUGUAGAAGACAAAAUAUGUAUAUCUCAAAGUGACAACCCAAAGUUAGGUGAAGAUUCCAAAAAUGUUACUGACUUCAAUGACAAUUAUAAGAAAAGUAAGAAAUACACCUUAAAAGACCUGCAAAAUAUUGAAAACGACAACUCAUCAAUGAAAUUAGAAAUUGAUUGUUGCAUUUUUAAAUUUUCUUUUGAAGAUUUACUGAACUUUGAAUUUUUCGGCCAAAGAAACGACAUAUCAAAUUGCAAAUUAACUACAAUGGCUAUCAAAAACAUUUUUAUGGAAAACGUCAACACAAAAUUAAUACCAGAAGGUUGGCUCGACAUACAUAUGAAACUAAUAUUAUGGAAGUUAAUUUCUUACGAAAUAAGGUUUCCGAGAACUAUGAAAGGUAUAACUAGCGCAAAGAAUGUUCUUGAACAAUUGAAGUACAGAUAUAAAACAGAGUUGUAUGAUGUUAGAAGACCAGCGUUGAGAAAAAUAAUGGAGAAAGACGACACGUCUUAUAAAACAUUGGUUCUUUGUAUCGUUGCAGUGUUGGCAGAUGGAAAAGCAGUAACCAGUAUACCACAAAACCAUACAAACUUAGAGCUUCUCCUGACAGACGGUUGGUAUUUUAUAAAGGCGAGUACAGACCGAAUGCUGUCCAAACUUGUGUCGGCGGGUAGAUUGUAUGCUGGUUGUAAGAUUGUGACGCAUGGCGCUGAGCUUACAGGGUGUGAGCAAGGGGUUGCGCCUUGGGAGGAUACCUCUUCAAUCCGCCUAAAAAUAUACGGUAAUUCUACACGUCGGGCCCAUUGGGACGCUCGUCUAGGCUACCACAGAGCGGCGGCCAUCUUGACGCCGCUAUCAUCUGUAAUGGCGGACGGCGGGAAAAUUUCAAAAUUGAGGUUAUUUGUUUCGAGAGUGUAUCCAGCCCUUUAUGUUGAAAAGUUUGACGAUGGAAGUACUGUAACAAGAUCAGAACGUCUUGAACACCUGCACCAAAUAAAAUACGAGGCAGAGAGACAGACAUUGAUGGAGAAACUCUACGAAGAAGUUGAGAAGGAAAUGUCGGAUCAGGACUCUCCUGACUCGGAAAACAUGGAGGAAGUUGCAAAAAAUAAACUCAUGGACAGUGGUUCACAAAUUGCUAAAGUUAUGAAGAGGAGUGCGGAUCACGCGGAUUUCAGGAAUCAACUAACGUCUUCACAAACUGUGCUUUUACAAGACCACGCAAUACGGGAACGCGAACGUCUACUACAGCUGAUACAAACCAGGGUUCAAGAUAAAAUGUCCAGAUUUGGCUUGCAGCAAGUUAGAAAUGUUGUACCCUUAUUGAAGAUCAGAGUUGUUGGUGUUGAUAUGAAAAAUAACUGCAAAGUGACUAAAGCUUUUCUGUCAAUAUGGAAACCGAACGAUGCAGUAUUGGAAAUCAUAAAAGAAGGCAUUUGGAUUGAAGUCCUGAACACUAUACCGACGGCAAUCAGAUAUUCAGAAAUUCAAAUAUCAGCCGGUCGCCAAUCUGUUUUCAAUCUUUCUAAAUACAAAGAAACGGAAAAACUCAAAAUUCUCUUGGAGCCCCUGAAAAGAACCUGCUACCCUAUAAAGGACCUUGUCAAAAACCCAUCUUUGACCACAGAGUAUAACGAAAUCGAUACUCUGGGAUUUAUUUUUUUAAUCCAACCUGCAAUCAACGAGUUCGAUUGCAAUAAACAUCAAUUUCAAAACGUCUACCUCACCGACGCAGAUAAGAAUAUAAUUUGUGUAAAUUUUUGGGCUGGCCUAAAAAAGUUUGGGUUCGAAAAUGUUUUAGAUACUGGCCAGAUUGUCGCUUGUAUGAAUUUGCAGAAACGAGCUGGCAACACUCGAAAACAAAUACUGCAAUUUCGAGUAACUGAGUUUUCAUAUUUUACAAAAACUCCUAAACAUGAAACUGCUAGAAAAAUGUUGGAUGAUUUGUCGAAGAUCUUAUCAAGUUUUGAUAAAACGAAAUUUGUUGAAGAGUGCAUGAACUUGAGGCAAAAUUAUGCACUGGGAAAACUGCAUUGCAAUGAAAAUAUUUCUCCGUACAGAAUGCCUAAUAUCGAUAUUAAUUCUCCAAAAAACAAGAUUUUCGUUGAUUCUCCUUUACAUCAAAAGCUCAACAAAAUAGAAGAGAAUUUAAACCUCACCGGCUUAGAUUUUGAGUCUACAUUCAAACAGAUGGAAAUGCAAGAAUUGUCACCUAGAACUUUGAUCAGAAAACAACAAAUUGAAGAAAAAAUUGCAAGGUUAAGAAUGUAUGGAGAACCGCCACCAUUAAGUCCAAUGCAUAUUUUGAAUAAAUCGAAAAACGCGGGAAAUUCAUUCAAAAGCCCAUUCUCGAAAUCUGACGUUUCAAGCAGUGUUGCUAGUAAGGAAAAUUUGCCAAAUCAGCUGGUUAUUGCGGAAAAAAUUGAAGAUACAGAAAUUCAACGCAGUCCAGUGAUUAUGAAUAGAACUUAUGUGAAAAGAGUAAAUGUAAAUCCAGUAAAAUUGAACUUUGAUAAUACGGAAGAAGAGGAUAAUAAAAGUGAAGUGAUUGAUGAUUUUGGAGAAGAGUUUGACGGUAGUCCGCCUUUGAGUUUAGAAUAAGUUGUAAUAUUAUUUUAAGUGCAACACUAUUGUUAAGAAAUAAGGAAUGUUUAAAUAUUGUUUUUUUAUUCGUUGAAAAUGUUGAUUAAUCGAUUACGUUAAUGAUUGUGUACCAGCACUAAU